AUGUCGCGACAAAUAACAAAUGAAAUACUUGAUUGGAUUUGUAUUCUGAUGCUUAUACUUGGUACAAUUGGAAAUCUUCUUGGUCUCAUUGUAUUUUCUUCUCGGAAAUUUCGUCGAACGAGUUACGGACGUUUAGCUAUCGCAUCGUUGAUUAUUAAUCUCUUAUGUGUGUUUCGUUAUUCGUUUAUUCUACAUUCAAAAACACGCCGAUGGAUAACUUAUACCGUUGGUCAAACAUGGUUUAAUUGUAAAUUAUAUCGCUUUUCGUCGUGUCUGCGUAUCCUAUCUGCUUUUAUUAUCGUUGCUUGGACAUACGAACGAUUUACUUAUGUAACAAUUAAUUAUAGUUCAUAUAUAAAUCAUCCAUCAUUGAAAAGAUACAAAUUUGCUUCAAUGGCUUUGGUUUCGUUUUUGAUUGUUGGUGCGCUGACUGGGCCGACUGUUUAUUUUUAUCAACCAAAACAUAUUCCUUUAACUAAUGAACAAAGCAAUUUCACAUUUAGAUCAAGCAAUUCUUCAUCGUUUGGAGGAAUAACGACGAAGAUUAUCGACACAACAAUCUUUCCACCAUAUAGAACAGUUUGUGCAUUGAAAGAGUCGAUCUCGUCGUCUUGGAGAACAUUUUUAACUGACGUGGCCUUCGCUUUCAAUUAUACAACAUUACGUUCAAUAUUUUCGGAAAUCAUUCCGUCACUUCUUGUUAUUCUUUUCGAUAUUGGAAUUAUCGUUCAUGUUAUUCAAUCGAGUUCAUCUAUCGGAUCGCGUAGUUCAUCAACAGUUGCUCGCACAAGUUACCGUGGAUCGAUUACGAACAAAGAAGGUGCUGAUGGUCUUGUCGUACACAAUCGUCCACGAACAUCAUGGAUGAAUGUUGUCUUAAUAAUUCAUUCAUUUUUAUUCUGUUUCUCAUCGUUAACCGCAACAAUUGUUCAUUGGUCAACAUUUGAUUAUCUCUUAUCAUAUUGGACAAGUAUCGUUAUUUUAGCAAAUUGUUCAUUGAAUUUUUAUGUGUAUUGUUUGAGCGCGAGAUCAUUUCGAAAAGAUAUUCGCAAAAUCUUCUAUCGUUACUUUCAGUUAUAUUGUUUUGAAAGAUUUUUCAAUUUAUUUCGAACGAAAUCUGAACGAGAAGAAAUUUCCCAAAUGGUUCACAUGCGUUUAGUCCGACAACAUAGUGGAACUGUUAUACCGCCAUCGGCUUCGAAUUUACGUAAACAAUCAAUAGUUUCAACGCAUUAA